ACUAUAUAUAUCACCUCUAUCAAUCCAAUCACCACGAAUGACAAAUCCUAUUUGAGAAUGAAUCAAACCAAAUAAUUAACCAACAAUUCGGUCCCAAACCAAUAAACUCAAACACGACAAAUCGAACCGAACCAGCUAUAUUUGUUCAACUACGAUGAUCACUAAAUGAAUGAGGCUGAAAACGUCGUUAUCGUAGUACCCAUUUGAGAAAUCAAGAAUCAACACUAACUGAACCAAGCAUCUCUCGCCGGCACCUUAAUUAAUUCCAACACGAUCUGCGUGGACUCUUCUUCCCCAGACUUCAUCAAAGUCUCUUGGCAAUCUCCGCAAUGCUGCUCAUAUCAUCUUCUCUCUCCAUCUUCAUCACUUUCACACACCAUGAAGCAUUUCCCAAUCGCAGUUACGCUUCUUCUUAUUCUUCUAUUGCAGCUAGCGAAAUCAGAGGAGAAUCUGGUGAGAGAUUCCCUCCUCGAUUUCUUCUCCAAACUCUCCGGCAACAACAACAACAACACCACCAUUUCCGGCUGGAACUCCACCUCCGACCCCUGCACCGCCAAAUGGCGCGGCGUCACGUGCGAUAAACACCUCCUCCACGUGCAGAAAAUCGACCUCGCCGCCCUCGCCCUCUCCGGCGUCUUCGACCCCGGAACCCUCUGCCUCUCCCUCUCCCGCUCCCUCUCCAUCAUCAACGUCGCCGGAAAUUCCCUCCGCUCUUCGCUCAAUUUUCCCGCCAUCUCCAACUGCUCCGCCCUCGCCCACUUAGAUAUAUCGUCCAACAACAUUUCCGCACCCUUGCCUGAUCUCUCACGCAUGAGCACCCUCACCGCGUUCCUAGCCCAACAAAACAACUUCCACGGCGAGAUACCAGACCUCGAUUUCACGCGUUUCCGCGUCUUCAACGUGUCCCACAACCGCCUCUCCGGUCUCAUCCCGGUCGGGGCACGUGGCCUGCCGCCGGGAAGCUUUUUAGACAAUCCAGAGCUCUGCGGCCCUCCGCUGACUGAUAAUUGCUCUUCAGUUGCCGCCGCUGAGUCAGCUCCCAGCGCGCCUCCGCCUUCUCCUCCGCCUCCGCCUCCGCCACACGUCAAAAAGGAAGGUCUCACGAAUAAACAGAUCCUGAUGUACAUGGGAUACGUGGCGAUCGCCUUCGUCGCGGUGCUUCUCGUCCUCAUAUGGCUCAGGAAGAAGGCGAAAAAGUCGAAGCGAGGCGAAGGUGCUGGUGUGGAAAGCGUGAUCAAGCCGGCGGUGGAGGUGAAGGAGGGGAAAAAUGAGUAUUUGAGCGCGGAGAGCGGUCAGAUGUCGGCCUCGGCCUCGUUGAUGAUGGUGGCGAGCGGGGAGGGGAACGGGAUGAGGUUCGACGAGCUGCUCAAGGCGCCCGCGGAGCUUCUGGGGAGAGGGAGCCAUGGGAGUGUUUACAAGGUUGUGUGUGAGGAUCAUGGGAUGGUUCUUGCAGUGAAGAGGAUUAAGGAUUGGCAGAUUUCAAGUGGGGAGUUUAGGCAGAGGAUGAAGAGGCUUAAUCAGGUGAAACACACCCAUGUUAUGCCUGCUGUUGCCUAUUAUAGUUCUGGACAGGAGAAGCUCAUUGUGUAUGAGUUUCAGCAGAAUGGAAAUCUCUUCAAACACAUUCAUGGAACCAGCAGUAACAGACAGCCGCUGGACUGGACCAGCAGGCUGUCUAUUGCUGCUACGAUAGCUGACGCGUUAGCGUACAUGCACGACGAGCUGCAGUACGAUCGGAUUCCUCACGGAAACCUUAAAUCAUCCAACAUUCUGUUGAACAAGAAUAUGGAGCCCAGCAUCAGCGAAUAUGGGCUGAUGCUGGACCAGGGCCAGGACCAGAAGGGCGGCAUUCUUGCGAAUGGCGCCCUUCAGGAGGCUCAGGAGGACUACAAGGCUAUUUUCAAAGUAGACAGUUACGCGUUUGGGGUGGUUCUGCUCGAGCUCCUCACUGGGAGGAUGGUUCUCACCGAGGGCUUGGACCUGGCGACCUGGGUGGUGGCCGUGGUCAGGGAGGAGUGGACGGUGGAAGUGUUCGAUAAGGACUUGAUGCAGGAAUGCAUCAACGAGGAGAGGAUGGUGCGUUUGCUUAGGAUUGCCAUCAAGUGCGUGGCUAAACCCCCUGAGGCGCGACCGAGUAUGAGACAGGUGGCGCUCGCGAUUGGCGCCAUGAGGGAGGAGGACGAGAGGUCUUUGGACGUCUCGGACCUCUCCGUGACUAGAUCUUUUGCUGGUCUAUAGUUUCAUCACAACCUAAAGAUUGGUAGUAGACAAAUUUAUAAUGUGGAAUCAUUUGUUAAUGUUUGCUUGUUCUUAGAUCAAGUUAGUAUCAUGAUUUAAUCUAAUAAAGUAUCGGAAAAGUCUUGGUUUUUUAAUUGUAAGCUCCUCAAUUUGA